AUGUAUCGUCAACCUCCAACUAUGUACGGGUCUAAUGAUUCCGUUAGACGAUUAUCAUCAAAUAAUCCCUUCCGUCAAGGAUUACAAGAUCUUUCAGAAGAUCAGACUGUACGCACUAGUAUUGCUACAAGUGGUGUGUCUGGAAGUUCGUCUGGAACUCCAACUCAAUUAGGCUUCCAGCACACUAACAUAAAUACAUUAUCACUGGUUACAAGAGUGAGCCCUACUGGUUUCGAUGAAUGGGUUCAAAAAAAUAAACAGUUGAUCGACAUGCUGAGUGACGAAGAAGAAGCUUACUACGCUCAUCGUGACUCCUAUAAAAAUCAACGUCAAUCCAACGUAUCUGAAUCUGAAUCAGAUUUGCUUGCCUUGUAUGGUACCAAAUCACUGUCUACAGUGAAUUCACCUGUCAAGACUGGAUUCGCUCCUCCAAGUAGACCGCAACAACCUGCUAGAAGCGGAAGUGACUCGCUAAUUGAUUUUCAAUCAAGACCGGUAUCGUCGAAUAAUCCGUUUGCUUCGGCACUCCAAAGCUCAACACCCGAUCCACCACAAGCCACAAGAACAUCAAGAAAUGGCUCAGUCCCACCUCCCAGACCUCCAAAGGAGCCAAAUAUGAUGGCCCCUCCUCCGUCUUAUGAAGUGGCAGCUGGCCAGGAAAGAGCAAAGGCACCGUAUAGAGACGAGAAGCUUUCAUCAAGUAGUAGUCCAUCAGCACUGGAACUUAGCAGCCAUAGACCUCGUAGAUCUAACAGUGAAGGUGCUGCAAGGUCGACUAAUGAUAACCAGAAGGCAUAUGUUGAAAGGAGUGAUCGGGACAAAGAUAAAGAACGAACCCGUCGUCACCAUUCGUCCCUGAGAGCAAAAGACAAACUGGAAUCAAAAUCGCGUUCAUCAUCUUCAAAGAAAAAGAAGGACCCCGUACCUGUUAAAGCCAAAAAUCUUGAUACCAUUGAUAAAUUAGAUGUGACUGCAUUUUUCGGUGGUGGAUUCCACCAUGAUGGCCCAUUUGAUGCAUGUACUCCUCAUCGUAACAAGAAUAGGAAUAAUGCUCCAGUAAUGGCCUUCCCAGUGGAUGGACCAAACAAUUCGAUAAAAGGAUUGGGAGGCUACAAUAACUCGAAGAGUGAACAAAUGAAUCUUGCUUUUGGUAAAUAUGAUGCUGAAGCUGAUGAUUUCAAUGCUAAUAAACAAGUAAACCCUAUUCAAAAAACAGUUUCUCCAAUGACGGCUCCUGCUUUAAAUCCACCAACUUCAAUUCUUGCGAAUAAUAGUGGCAAAAAUACCCCAAGUCCAUACAACAGUAAAACUCCUUCAGUUAUAAACUUUGAUUCUAAUGUUAAAUCUGAACCAAUUCAUGGCAUUGUUACAGGUGGAUUAGGAUCUUCUACAUUCAUAGAUGGUGCACCUGCACCGAAGUCAGUACAAGACGAACAUGCCUAUUUGGCUUCUACUGGUGCUUUGGGUAGAAAGAAGUCGAUAGUCCAGAGAUUGCGAAAGAAUAGUUCGUCUGCAACAAGCCCACCAAACAAUCAUGCGGGAUUGUAUGAAGAUCCAUUAUUGCCCCCUACUACUACACAUCAUAGCCAGGAAUUAUCUAGGCGUAAUAGUGCCGAUGCUAGGUCGGACUCUCAAAAUGCGUCUGGGGGUAAUUCAUUUAUGAGGAGAGUCAAAUCUUUGAAAGUUAGAAGAUGA